UUUGAGAUCAAAGACUUAGUUGGAUCAGAGGGUCUUGACACCAGAUGCUGUUCGCGUAUGCGGUAUCUUGUCUUUUCUCUUUAUAGACGAUCAUGGCAGUCUGCUUCCACUCGACUCUGUCAGAGGACCUAUUCCUCUCUCUCCGGCAGUAAACGCCUCGUCAACUUCGCAAAGCAAGCUUCCCUCGUCACAAAGGACCCUGUAUGGGAUCUCGUUUCUCUACUGAAACGCGAGCGCCAAGACGAACAGAUAUGUGGUGCUUUGGAGAGCUGUAACAUAUCAUUCCUCGAUUACGUUCUCUGGAAACAUGUGGUGCAUUCACCCAACUUAAACACAGCAAUAUCUGCAAUACAGCAGAAUCAGGGCCUCGCAGGUCAACUCCCUGCAGAUGAUUCUGCCAAUGUGCGUCAACAGACGUUGCGGCUUCCCGCGUGGGUUGCUUUCUCUUUACUCUGUCACAAAGAUGGUGUGUUACGUCUUAUAUUUGAGCACUCGUGGUCCCUUGGCUCUAAAGACCGCCCUGCACUAUUGAUUUUGUCUACGCACGCGCUCGCUCACUUCGACAUUCUUACACCGAUGCGGGAAAUCGUGGAGCAGUUCCUCGCACGUAUGAUUCAGUUUCCUACAUUUCACUUCAAUGCUUUUCUCCACGGCCUUUCUGGUUUCACUCGUUCAGAAGAGGCAGCCAAUCUUGCUGUAUCUGUACUCGAGGCAAUGUCAGCACGAGAGGUGCCGUUAUGGCUUGAAACAUACAGGUCGCUGAUGCGAGAUCGCUUUGUCACUCUCCAAUUGACCAAGGUCCUCCACACGAAGAUGGCCCAUGAAGGAGUUGUGCCAACCGCAGAACAUCUAGAGGCUUUUCUUCGCAUCUUUUCCAAAUACGGAGCCAUCCAGGAUUCACAAGAAUAUCUCCGUGCCAUCCGGCGAUACUGUAUAGAGCAUAGCUUAACAGUACCUUACGGGCCGGAUGUUCACCUCCAUAACGCUGAUCUCUCAGGGACGGCGCACCCUGCAAACACCCUAUAUAUCAGAUCUUUGCGGCAUGACCGUGCUUCCGCGUUUCACUACCUCCAUAAGCUUCUCCAGCUUGAUGCUGCCCACAACCUUGAACCCGUCAUGUCCGUCCCGGGACCUUCGUCUCGUCACGCAUCUACAAAGUUCUGGUCUGGUACAAAGACCAGCGUGGACGUCUUUGAUUGGACGACUGCACUCAUUUCCGCAGCAAACGACAAGCAGACCUCCACAUCUACCCUUAUCGCGCUUUUUGAGCGCGCGCGCGAACGGACGAAGCAGUUCAGACCUACUGUUGUCACAUAUACUGUUGUGCUUCGUGGCUUACUCUUUCGAGGAGCUUUCGACGAGGCUUUGAGGAUAUGGAAUCAGUUGAUCGAUUCCGAUAUUCUGCUUGAUCGCAAGGCGCUGACUGUGGGUGUGCAAGUCCUUACUCGUGCAGGGCACCCGCAGGAUGCCUUCUAUCUUCUGAAUUCGUUCAUGGACGCACAGCGCACUUCUUCACAUACAGUUUCCCUUCCAAAUGACAAGCAUAUAUCUCCAGCAACCCAUCAUUGGAUAAAUAUCAUCGUCAUCAACGAGUUCAUGGUCUCUUUACUGCGCAUUCGCCGCCCAGACGUCAUCUUCCAGCUGUGGGACCAUCUCGAACAGCUCUAUUCUGUACUCCCAAACGAAGUCACAUUAAACAUCCUCCUCAAAGCUGCCACGCUCGCAACCAAGAUGGAUAAUGAGUCCGUACGGGGGACGUUCGCGCACCUAUUUCACAUGCCUACAGUAGAGUCCAGCAGCCCUAUUGACUUGAUUAUGGAACGGCUUCAGUCUGCACAUCCGCCGCCAGUCGUUGGAAUCUGGAAGGCCCGCCGCGCGAGUGAUGUAGCUCGAGACAUUUUCCGCACUAUGAUAUAUGGAAAUUGGAAGCGGCUCCUAGAUGUAAAGGCGCCCGCUUCUGUCGUGCACUCCAAGGACGCCACGGCUACCCCUCUUUACCCGUUGGUGGAACUAGCCAAAAGCAUUACAGUCCCAUUCUCCACGCGUAAGGAGCGUGAUGCGCAACCGAAAAUCAUUACCGCGGAUGUCCAUUCUCCCGAAAAGAAGUCGUACCAUCCCUAUCUAUCUAUUGUACCCACCGACCUGACCUUCUCAGCCUACAUCCAGCUCCUGGGUCUCACCGCGCGCGCGUCAGAAAUUUCGCUUGCACUCGCGUGGAUGCGCGCGCUGCAGAUAAAUCCCUCGCGGAAGACAUUGUCCAUUGCGCUCGUGUUCUGGGCUGAGGUAUCCUUGCGCGGACCGUUGUUUGAGGAGUGGGCGGAACGACGAAAUAAAGGGGAGAGUGAAUAUGGGCGGCUAGUUAGGUGGAUGUCUGAGUGGGUCGGGGAGGAGGCUCCGACAGAAUGGGACAUACAAAAGGCGUUGAGAGCGGUGGCCAAGAUGAGAAACAAUUCUUUUGGUCCAUCAUGAUGUACGAUAUUCCCCAUCUAAAUCUCGCAUUUGUUUGUUGAAGUUAAUGCAGCAAUCACUAAGCUCUGAGACACCCGACAAUCAUUCAUCUCACAGCAUGCGGGUUGCGCAAAGACACCACAAGAAAUACAAAUCACUAGUUGGUAGAUUGUCCGUAAAUCCCGAGCGAAAAUGAAAUAACGCAGGGA